AUUUCAAUCACACGUAGAACAAACAACGAUCAUAAAUCGGAAAAACAAGGAUCAUAGAUCCAACAAACAGGGAUCAUAAAUCCAAUAAACAGGGAUCAUAAAUCCAAUAAACAAGGAUCAUAAAUCCAACAAACCAGGAUCAUAAAUCCAACAAACAGGGAUCAUAAAUCCAACAAACAGGGAUCAUAAAUCCAACAAACAGGGAUCAUAAAUCCAAUAAACAAGGAUCAUAAAUCCAACAAACCAGGAUCAUAAAUCCAAUAAACAAGGAUCAUAAAUCCAACAAACAGGGAUCAUAAAUCCAACAAACAGGGAUCAUAAAUCCAACAAACAGGGAUCAUAAAUCCAAUAAACAAGGAUCAUAGAUCCAACAAACAGGGAUCAUAAAUCCAAUAAACAGGGAUCAUAAAUCCAAUAAACAAGGAUCAUAAAUCCAACAAACCAGGAUCAUAAAUCCAACAAACAGGGAUCAUAAAUCCAACAAACAGGGAUCAUAAAUCCAACAAACAGGGAUCAUAAAUCCAAUAAACAAGGAUCAUAAAUCCAACAAACAGGGAUCAUAAAUCGAAAAAACAGGAAUCAUAAAUCCAAUAAACAAGGAUCAUAAAUCCAACAAACAGGGAUCAUAAAUCCAAUAAACAAGGAUCAUAAAUCCAACAAACAGGGAUCAUAAAUCCAACAAACAGGGAUCAUAAAUCCAAUAAACAAGGAUCAUAAAUCCAAUAAACAAGGAUCAUAAAUCUAAUAAACAAGGAUCAUUCAUUUCAUCAUUAACAAUGAUGAUAUUGUCAUAUUUAGAAAAAUAUUGGAAAUCUAUAAUCAUUCUAUCAAAUCUCAUAUUUAUUGUAUCCAGUAUUGUACUCUUAUCAUUAGGUAUUAUAGAAUUGAAUUACUUAUCUAAAUUUCAUAUUAUUUUACAUGGUGCUAAACCGAUGAUCAUUCCAAUUGUGAUAACUACUGGGACAAUUGGUUCAAUUGCUUCUCUUAUAGGAUUUAUUGGAUUAUUUCAAAAGAAACAAUUUAUUAUAUUACUUCAUAUUGGUGGGUUAAUUAUAGCCGCGUUAAUUGAAUUCAGUACAGGUAUUAUGUCAGCUGUAUCAAAAGAUCAGUUUUUUAUCAAUGUCAAUACUUCAUUACACGAAUCUAUAGUACAGUAUCAUAAGAAUUAUGAAAUAAAGAAUGAAUACAAUAAUUUACAAAUUAGUCUUGGUUGUUGUGGUGCAUCAUCGUUUAUUAAUUAUAGAACACUGAAAUUUCCUAUACCGAAUUCAUGUAAACCUACAUCAUAUGGAUAUAAUUGGGAAACUAUGGAUCUUGUACUCAUUCAUCAACAUCAUCCAAAUCAUCAUCAUCAUCUUCAUUGUCAGCGUCAACAUCAUCAUGAUCAUCUUCAGCAGCAUCAUCAUCAUCAUAUUCACAAUCAUCAUCAGCAUCAUCAUCAUCAUCAUCAUCAUCAUCCAAAUCAUCAUCAUCAUCCAAAUCAUCAUCAUCAUCAUCAACCAAAUCAUCAUCAUCAUAUAUCCCCUCGAAAGUGUCCCGAGUUUGGUUACUACUUGUCUUUCUAUUUUGUAAUUGGACUUUAUGAAUAAUCAAUUACCCUGAGUUUGUAUACUUAACUUUGUGUCUCAGUAACCAUUUUGAUCUACCGAUAGAGUUCCGAAGUGGAAAGCUAUUUGGAUGAAAUGUAUUACUCAACUAUUAUACCUUCUUAAUUAUAUUCUACACAAC